CAGUUUUUGAAAACCGCCAAAAUUUCCGCCAAAAUUGUAUUUUGGAUUUCUUCUAAUCUAAGUUGUUUCAAUUCAUCACACAAAUGGAAGACACUGCCCUAAACGAAAUAGCUUCAAAUGAUUCCGAUGAAGAUAUUGAUUUCACUGCUAGAAAGAAACAUGGAAAACAGGCACUGCGAAUUGACGAGACAGACUCCGAAGAUGAAGUGGUAGAUACACCUCCGGAAGAUCCUGUUGAAACAAAUGGAUUUGGAAGCAACUCUGACGAAAACAGCGAUGAAUCGAAAGAAUCUAGUGAUGAUGAUGACAGAAACGCUACGACCACUCCACGUAAAAAGAAAAGAACAAAGAAGAAAUCUGACGAACGGGAGAUCGCCGACAAUGAGCAUAAAUCAAAGAUCAGUGCAUUGUGUGAUGGAGAAUCGUCAUCAGAUGAAAGCGACAGGCAUGUCCCUGAAACCGUGACUACAAAGAAAACCGAUCGAGCUCCACAGCGGAUGUCGGCGAAGCAAGCUGAAGAACAGAUGAAAUUGAUUCAGAGCGAAUCUCAACGAUUAGCCAGACAGUGUCAUCUGAGCGUUCCGUACCAUAAGCCGAAACAACAUUCGCUAAAGGAUUUUCUAAACCGACGAACUAUUAACCGACCAGUUCCGAUGGCUCUGACAAAAAAGGCAGCUGCAACCAUAAAGAUGUCGCAAGAAGAAUUGGAGCAAUAUGCAAAAUCCCUUGAAGACAGAAACAAGGAGUCGCAAGAGUUUUACCGCAGUGAAAGUGACGAUACAAACAACGACGAUGACAACGAAACAAAAUCGAAAAGUGAUGAACAAACGGGGAGUGAGGAGACUUUGGUUGACUUGGCUGUUGUGGCUAAAGACGCUGCGGAGCCUAUGGAAGCUACAUGUAACGAUGCAGAAUCGACACAAAUUGAUAGCGUUUCAGAGAAACCAAACGAUGUAGAAGUCGCCCAACCAAUUGACACUGUAAAAGAUGUUAUUGAUUUGACAAAGAUUUUGAAUGGUGCUGCCGAUUUGUGCAAUGUUGAAAUGGAAAGCCCGAAACGACACCCUGCUGGCGUUUCAAGCGAAGAUGUCAUCGUGACUGCUGCUAAUGCAGUGGAUAGUCAAGAAACCGAGGCCAAGUCAAACGAACCCAUCGAAAUUGACUACAAUUUCGGGGAAACCGAAAGAAACGAAGCCAAAACGUUGAAGGAUAUACUUCCAUUUUACAGUAAUAUUAAACCUUGUCUGAAGGGACCGGUUAACGGUGUCAUUAAUCUGGAUGAUGAUGUAAGUCCAACGAAAACUGGUGGUGACGAGUUGAUGGCAAGAUUUAUAAAACACGUUGUCUUGAAGCCGAACCGUCCAGCUAAGGAAAUUAGCAUUUUGAGCGCCGAAAACGGUGUGAUUGAACUGAAUAACGUAAAAAUAGAGUCGGAUGAGGCAAAUUGCAUUUAUUCGAAGCCACGGAAGGAUGUGUUCAAAUUGAAACAGGAAUUGAGUCUACGAAUUGCAGCGAAACGAAAAGAAGAAUUGCAGAAGAAGCAGAUGCCGACGAUAAAAAUUCCAUUGGAGGACAGUGACAGUGACUGUGAAAUUCAGGCCGACAAAGGAAAGGAGAUCGAAAAUUCAGUUGGCAAUAAUAAAUUAAACUCCGACGAGGAAAUUGAGAAAGAGAAUAUUGGUGGAAAUGGUGAUGAGGAGGAGGCGGAAGACAUUGAAAUGAAUAAUGGAAAUGAUAGCAACUCUGCAUCCGACGACAAUGACGGAUCCGAUGAAGAAGAUGACGAAGCUGCUGAAGAUGAAGCGGCCGAAGACGAAGAAAUUCAAUCUGUAUCGGAUGGAUGCGAACUGGUCCAAAAAACGAAACCAAGAAAGCGAAUAAUUUUGAUGGACAACUCCGAUGACGACGAUGAAACAGGACAGCAAGAAGAUUCGAUAAAAUCGGCUGAUUUGAAUACAACAUCAAUCAGCCUGGACCUUGGCCUAGACGAAAACCAAUUUGCACCUGAAGAUCCCGUUGACAAGACAAUGUCUCAAAUAAGCAAAAAUCAAAGUCGCGCCGAUCAAAUGAUUGAUUCAUGCGGCAAAAUCAUUCCCUUCGGUGAUAGUGAACAAAAUGAAACCGACAACAAUUUAUCCACAUUGUUUACGCAAACCGCUGACAGUAUGUCUGUAACGGAGCUGCUGGAUCUAUGCUCCGGUUCAUUCGUUACUCAAGCAACAAAUGGCAAUUUCGUUGAGACCGUCCCCGAUCCAAGUUUUGGAACGCAAGCAAACAACUUUUCGGAGAACGAAUUCAGUGAUGACGAGAUCGGUCUACCGAAAAGAUCGAAGCAAAGGAAAAAAAUUAAUAUUUCAGAUGAUGAAGAACAGGACAACGAAGACACAAAUAUUCGUGAAAACGAUGACGCUUCUGAAGAUGACGACAAUCACGAAAGCAAUGCUGAGACUGACAAUUUAUCCGAAGAUGAAGAAGCUGUAGAGAAAAUCGUCGAGUAUGAUUCCGAAGAAAAUGAAAUUGAGGUUCCCGUUGUGCAAAAGAAGAAAAUCUCCGACUUUUUCGAAAAUGAAGCCGAGCUUUCCGAAUCAGAAUGGGGCAGUGCCGAUGAGGACGAACGUAACCUUGACAAAUUUGAAAUGGAACUGGGUGACGAAGAUGAGUUCGAUCAAAAUCAAUUGAUGUCGGAAUUGGAUAGAAUUCACAGGCGACGCAUGCUCGAUCAAGAUGCCCGAGAAGUGAAAAUUAUCAAGGACACACAUUUCGAGGAUGAAGAAGAAAGUGGUCUGGGUAGACAGCGUCAGUAUCGGUGGAAGCACAUGGAAAAUUCGCUGAAUUUGGACGAAAAUCAACGGAACGGCGAUGUGGAUGGAAAUGAAAAUGCGAAAAGUGACGAUGAAACGGAAGAAACAUGGCGUCGCAUGAGGCACGAGCGGAAUAAUAUUUUGCAGGAAACGAAAGCCCAGAACGAGACAAUCAACGACAGUAAAUUGGUAUUGACCACGAAGACAAAGAAACGAAUUUCCAUCGUUAAGACCACAGCCAAUUUGAAUACGUCGGCGACGAAGGAUCUAUCAUUUCUAAUCAGUAAAAUGAAGGAGGAACAAACACAUCGCAGUUCGUUGCUGAUACGGGAUGAGCAAACGUUAGCCAAUUUGGCCAAAAUGUCAACCGAAGAUGGCGGUAUACCCAGCGUGAAUACGAAUUCGAAGAACUUUUUGUUCAACGUGAUUUCGACAGACGAUGACAAGCCGCUAGGUAAACGGAAACUGGACGACGAUGGUACCGAUGGUGAUAGCAAAAAUCGCAAGACUACGAAAAAGAUGAAGAAAAGUACGUUGUCUGUGCUAGACAAAUUGAUGUAAAUAAAAGAGAUAUUCAAAAA